AUGGGUUUGAAGGUCUACAUUAUGCAGAAAAGGGAUGUAAAGGCAAUGAGUGCUUUGCCCUUGUACAUAAGUGUUUCAGAAAAGAACAGUUUCAAUGAAUUCGUUAGUUCAUCAAUAUGUAAUGCUGCGAGGUUCGAUCACUGUAGACUUGUGAUAGUUGUUGAUGCAAGUUAUAUUAGAGGACUGUACAGUGGCAUAUUUGUAGCUGCAUGUACCGUGGAUGGAGCCGGCCAUAUAUUUUCAUUGGCAUAUGGAAUAGUAGAUUCUGAAAAUGAUGCAUCUUGGACAUGGUUCUUUCAGAAUCUAAAGGAAGCAUACGGUGAAAGAGAACAUAUGAAUUCACAUGAUGCAUUGUCUGAAAUCUUCUAUACCAUGGCGAAAUCAUACUCAAAGUCUGAAUUUCAUAAUUUAAUGGAGAAAGUGGAGGUAGUUGAUGUUAGGGUGAAGAAUUACUUGGAGUUGGAGGGAUACGAUAAGUGGGAUAGGUCAUAUGCAACAGUUCAUAGGGGAUGGACCUUAACAUCAAAUAUUGCAGAGUCAAUUAAUGUUGCACUGGUAUCAGCUAGAGAACUUCCAAUAUAUGAUUUUUUAGAGGAAGUUAGAUUGAUGUUUGGUAGAUGGAACUGUGAAAACAGACAGGAGGCAUUGUACACACGCACGGAUCUUAUUGAAAAAUUUCAAGCAAUUCUCCAACAAAAUGAAGUAGAGUGUACACGUAUGAAGGUUAUACCAGCAUCAAAGUACGUCUAUACUGUCCAUGAUAUGGAGAAACAUUUUAUAGUUUAUCUAAAGGAAAAAAAUUUUCUUGUCGUGCAUUCCAAUUAG